AUGUAUGAAAGGGCUGGACUAUUCGAGGUAUGGCUGGGGCGCAGAUCUUCCAGAGCAAUAUUCCGGGUCUUCGACGAAAUUCCAGACUGGGAUGGAGACCGGUACGAGGACGGAUGUGCCAUUGAAGAGCUCGAUUCUACUGGUGAUCUCCUAAUGGUCGGUCUAAAGAUGACGCAUGACAUGCGCCAGGGGCUACAUCGAACCCCAGAGGACGAAGCUGACCACUAUGAUCUUAGUAAGGAUUGUGGCAGAUUUAUAGAAGAAUCGGACGAAGAUUUUGAGAAUGACCUGGUGUUCUCGUCGGACUUUCCAGAUUGGGAAAUACGUGUAUUCAUUGUAAGGUAG